CUCUUGUUUUUUUUUAAUUAUAAAAAAGAGAAGAUAGAGAUAGUCGGGGACACCAAAGCCAAUCAAAUUGCUGCGUAUUUUCCCUGCAUUCUCAUGAGAAUUUUGUGACCAACCUCAAUAUUUGUACCCAUUUCUCACCGAACUUCAAACUUUGAGACCCAUUUCUUUCUUCUUCUUCCUCUUUCAUUGAGAGAGAGAAAGAGGAGGAAAUGGGAAAGCUUUCUAUUGGGUUUCUGGGCCUCACAGAACUCUUCGUGAGCACAUUAGUUCAUGUUCUAUUUGGGUUUUAUAUAUUCAGCACCGCAGUUGCUUCAGACUUGUCACAAUCUCUUACAGUGGGGUUUAAGCCCAUGAAUCACGAUGUGGGACUAAAAGAGGAGGUGGGUAAAAGAAAAGAUUCAAUCUUGGAGGGUUCUUCACCUUUUCCAGCGCAGCCUCCCAUUGUGUUGGUCCACGGGAUCUUUGGAUUUGGGAAAGGGAGGCUUGGAGGGCUUUCUUAUUUUGCUGGAGCAGAGAAGAAAGAUGACAGGGUUCUUGUGCCUGAUUUGGGUUCAUUAAGUAGCAUACAUGAUAGGGCGCGCGAAUUGUUCUAUUACUUGAAGGGAGGGAAGGUGGAUUAUGGAGAGGAGCACAGCAGAAUUUGUGGGCAUUCGAGAUUUGGGAGAAAUUAUGAUCAAGGGAAUUAUCCUGAAUGGGAUGAGCACCAUCCAAUUCAUUUCGUUGGGCACUCGGCUGGAGCUCAAGUUAUUCGAGUAUUGCAGCAAAUGCUAGCCGAUAAGACCUUUGAAGGCUAUGACAACACUAAUGAGGAUUGGGUAUUGAGUGUCACUUCUCUAAGUGGAGCUCUAAAUGGAACUACAAGAACAUAUUUUGAUGGAAUGCAGACUGAUGAUGGGAGAUCAAUGAAAUCAAUAUGCCUUCUUCAGCUCUGUCGACUAGGAGUCAUCGUCUACGACUGGCUCGAUAUAUCAUGGCUCAAAAAUUACUACAAUUUUGGGUUUGAUCAUUAUGAAAUGGGAUGGAGAAAGACUGGAAUUUUGGGCCUUGUCGAUCUUCUCUUAGGAAAUAGUGGCCCAUUUGCUUCAGGAGAUUGGAUUCUUCCUGAUCUUACAAUACAAGGCUCUAUGAAUUUGAAUUCGAAUCUUCGUACUUUUCCCAGUACAUUUUAUUUCAGUUAUGCAACUAAGAGGACAAGGAAGUUUAUGGGAUUCACAGUUCCUUCGAGCUUGUUAGGAAUCCAUCCUAUGCUCUUUCUUCGAGUUUUGCAGAUGAGCCAAUGGAGAUACCCCUCCAAUGUAUCACUACCUUAUAAAGGGUAUAGGGAUGAAGAUUGGGAAGAUAAUGAUGGUGCUCUCAAUACGAUAUCAAUGACUCACCCUCGUCUACCAAGUGAACACCCGAGUCACUUUGUUCAUCAUGAUUCAGAAUGCCAUCCUUUGACACCGGGCAUCUGGUACUAUAAGAUUAUUGAAGCCGAUCACAUCUUUUUUGUUAUAAAUCGAGAGAGAGCAGGAGUUCAGUUUGAUCUUCUAUAUGAUAGCAUCUUCCAGCGGUGUAGAAAACAUGUAUUUAGAAAAGCCCCUCCAACCGUACCAAAUCAAAGCAGCUAAUCAGCACCGGGAUUUUACUUACUUGAAUUGUACAAGUAAAAUUGAGUUAUAUCAAGUAGACAGUCUAUUUGUGCAUCAAUAACAUCGAAUAGUUUUUUGGAUUUGAUAUUGAAAUAGAUAUUUUCGGUAGUCAUACGUGUACAUACAUUUUUUCGUUUUUUUUUUCAUAAAUGAUGUCGAAAUGUUUAUUGCAACAAUUUGUAACGGAACCAAAGAAUAUGUUUGAUUUACCUAUGAGAUUGACGGAUGCUUAAGAAUGUC